AUGCGGCAAGCGGCCACUGAGCCGCUGACGUCGUUGGCCUUCAGUCCUUCCCCUUCCAUGUCGUCACUUAUCGCAUUGGCGCUGCUUCUUUGCCCUAUCCUAGCAUCGUGGUCGUUCCGAAUCGUAUCGCAUAAGCGUCAUUGGUCAAAUGUUCGCGACUUUCGUGCCGCCACGCGGGUCGACCAGGGUGGCCAGGACGCUCGAAUUGAACACCCAGAGAGCGUCUUCAGCCUACAAGGAAAGACUGUAUCGUCGCCGUUCCUGGCGGAACUUAUCGAUCGCGGAGUAGUGGCACAGGCCACUGACCUGUCUAAACUGGACGAGCUUCUUUGCUUGCAUGAGUCUGCGCCUGAAGCAGCUAGCGGGCAAGUACCGGCCAUAUAUUACGGUAUUGACCUAACUGCAGACUUUAUCCACGAGGGCACGCUGCUGCAGCUGCUGCUGCUCCGUCGGUUCUUGGCACAUGGGCUCAACGUGGUAAUUGUGCUCGGGGGUGGCACCACUCCAGUGGGUGAUCCGUCGUUCAAAACAAAGCGUACGAAAGCUACAAUUGCGGCUACAUGCGGGGAUAGGGUCUCCAACAAUGCCAUUCUCGGUUCGGUGGCAACAUGCCCGUCGGUCUCCAAAGAAAACUACGACGGCAUUCUCAAUGCAGUCAAGAAGUUAUUAACACGCGAAAUCGUUACUGAUGGAGGAGAUAGGUUGUGUCCAAGCCUGUCAUUCGCAUCGCAGAUGGGCGAAGCAGAUAUCGCACGUAUGAGGUCGAGCCGACACAACGUGGUUGUGGUGAACAACCGCGACCUCUACGACAGCGUCACCCUCACCGAGUUCCUCAAUACCGUCGCACGUAACAUGAGCGUUGGGAGGAUGUUGUCGCGUGAAAGCAUAAAGUCCAGGCUGGUGCUAGACGACGGCAGAGGCGGCUUUCCGCUCCGCAAGGCCAACAUGGACCUGGGCGAAUUCAUGUACAUGGCCCUGCAGGCUGCGGACUUCGUGCACGUCGCCUCAAAGUUUAACGCGGUCAUACAACUCGGGGGUAGCGACCAGAUGGGCAACAUAAUGUCCGGCGUUGACUUGGCGAGUAGCCUGAGCGAGCUGAGCAAACCGCUGCUGGGCGUGACCACACCGUUACUGCAGACACGAAAAGGAGAAAAGGUCAGCAAAUCAAGCGCAGAGUGCCUACUGGCUAUUACCGCGGAAACCCCUGCUUUGACGUUGUGGUCGCAUUUCAGGAACGUCGAUGACGAGGUGGUGCAUGACUACCUAAGGUGGCUCACGCAGGUUCCACUCGCGACAAUCAACGACACUCUCGCCACACACGUCAACCAGGCGAAGGUAUGGCAUAAUAGCCGAUCAUACAACUUGACCGCGGCAAUAUACGGCGACCAGUACAAGGAGGCACUCCACAAGCAUUGGCUCUCCGGUGACAUGGCAGAAACACAGCAGUCUACCGAUGGGUGCGACCCUGCGGAAUAUGACUCGUUCGUCAGGUUUGCCAGUUGCGUGCCGCGAGUGUUCCUCAAAGCCGGUGAGCUGGAGACCGGUGUUCCAUUCGGCGACCUGUUGGACAGAGUUCGCACGCCGCAACUGACGUCAGGGCUAUUCUACAGCAACCGGCGAGCAAUUCGCGAGGGCACGUGUCGUAUUAACGGUAAAGUUGAGACGCGAGUGGAUCGCCUCAUAACGAACGACGACCUGCUGCACUUGUCUUCGACUGACGGCCGUGUCAUGAAGUACGUCGCCCUGCAGUUCGGGAAGCGCCAGCUGCACCUAGCAGUCCUCGAACCUUCUCACACUGCGACGUAG